CCAAAGCCAUGAACACCCUGAGCACCGCCGUCGUCCUUUCCGCCGUGGUUUCCUGUGCCGUAGCCGGUGGACUCUUAGGUGGCUACGGCCUAGGUGGUCUAGGAUACGGUGGAUAUGGACUUGGCUACGGCCUAGGAGGUCUCGGAUAUGGUGGAUAUGGUCUUGGUUACGGCGGCUACGGUGGAGGCUUGGGAUAUGGUGGAGGCUACGGCGCCGGUGGUGCGGGAGUCGGGGGCGUAGGUGUCGGCAGCAGCGUGGCUCUGCUUAGUGGUGGACCUCCCUUUGCAAAAGCUGUGGCUGGACCAGCCUUCCUCGUGAGAACGGUUCACCACGUCAACAAAGUGAGCGGUGGAGGAGCCCUUCUCGCUCAUUCUGGCCUCGGCGGUGGAUACGGCGGCUACGGCUACGGAAGAGGCUACGGAUAUGGCGGUGGAUACGGAGGCUACGGAUACGGCGGUGGCUACGGAUAUGGUGGUGGAUAUGGAUACAAGGGCUGAGUG